AUGGGUCGUGGCUCAAUGACUUCGCUAGCUCCUGGGUUUCGUUUUCACCCAACGGACGAAGAACUCGUUUGUUACUAUCUGAAACGCAAGAUCGGCGAAAAACCCUUAAAAUUCGAUGCUAUCUCGGUUACAGAUGUAUACAAAUCCGAGCCGUGGGACCUCCCAGAUAAGUCGAAGCUGAAAAGUAGAGACUUGGAAUGGUAUUUCUUCAGUAUGCUUGAUAAGAAGUAUAGAAAUGGAUCGAAGACGAACCGUGCGACUGAGAAUGGGUACUGGAAGACGACUGGGAAGGAUCGGGAGAUUCGUUAUAAGUCAAGAGUCGUUGGGAUGAAGAAGACUCUUGUUUAUCACAAAGGUCGAGCUCCUCGUGGUGAAAGAACCAAUUGGGUUAUGCAUGAGUAUCGGUUGGUUGGUGAAGACUUGGAGAAAACUGGUGUUCAGCAAGAUGCGUAUGUGGUUUGUAGGAUAUUCCAGAAGAGUGGUACAGGUCCUAAAAAUGGAGAAAGGUAUGGUGCUCCGUUUGUUGAGGAGGAGUGGGAGGAGGAUGAUAUGACAUUUGCACCUGGUCAAGAUCCGGGAAGUGAAGAUUGUGUUUAUGUCGAUAUGGAUCAAAUUGAUCAGAAGCCUGACAACCCUUUGGUCUAUGAUGCCGUUCCUAUUCCAUUGAACUUUAAUCACGGGGAAUCUAGCAAUAAUGUUGAAACAAACUACUCAGAAUCCAAUAACUAUAUGCAACCAGGAAACUAUGUGGACUCUAAUAUCUACUUUGAACGUCCAGUGGAAUUUUCUGAGGACGAUCAGAAGCCUAUCAUCCGUGAUGGUAGCCUUCAAAAUGAUGCAUUGUUUCCAGAUGAAGAAAAUGGUUGUGGCGUCCAGGACGGCAGCACGGCAAAUUUCCGAGCUUCUGACAACAUCUUUGAGACUGAUACAUCACGCUAUAAUGAUUUUCCUGUUCAGAGCGACUAUUUUACCGGUGAGGAAUUUCUGGAUCCGAACAGUAGUCUUCUACAGAACGAUGGUCUGUACCUGGAAACGAAUGAUCUCAGCAGUACUCAGCAAGAUGGUUUCGACUUUGAAGACUAUCUUACCUUCUUUGAUGAGGACGAUGAAAACUUGACUUUCGAUCCUUCUCAACUGAUGGGAACUGAAGAUGUUAUUGCCGAUCAAGAAGAGCUCUUUCAAAAGGGUGAGGCUGAGGGAGCCUCAGGAGGCAAACAAGUGGUGGAAGAAAAGGAAAAGGAUGAAGCAUCUUGCUCGAAACAAGUCGAUGCAGAUGCAACAGAGUUUGAGCCAGGUAUAAACCCUUUUUACCACAAUCAGAACUCGCACCCAUAUGGUAAUAGGCUUCACGUGUUCUGUUUAGCUGAUGGAUCAAUUCCUAAUUUCGCAGACUACAAGUACCCAUUCCUCAAGAAGGCGAGCCACAUGUUGGGUGCUAUUCCUGCUCCGCCUGCAUUUGCUUCUGAGUUCCCCACAAAGAAUGCAUCUGUCCGGCUACACGCAGCCCAAUCAUCAGGUUCUGUCCAUGUAAUCGCAGGUAUGAUGACAAUAUCAGACAGCAACAUGGGCUGGUCAUACGGCAAAGACGGGAACCUUGAGUUAAUCCUUUCUUUCGGGUUGGUCCAAGGGAAUGCUGCGUCCGAGAAAUCAGGAAAUAGUUUAACAAGGGCAAUGUUAAUGUUCAUGUGUUUCUGGGUCCUGGUACUCUCAGUUAGUUUCAAAGUAAGCACUUUGGUCUCUUCCCGGUGA